UUGUAACGCCGCCGGUAUAAAUACCGCUCUUCCCAAGGAGCGGAAACGACAGACAGACGAAGGGGAGAAGCGAAGAGAGAGAAGACGAUGGAUUCGGCUUACGGCGUCCCCCGAGAGCUCUCCGGUCUGCAGAAGCAAAGGGCUCUCUACCAGCCGGGGCUCCCUCCUUGCCUUCAGGACACCACAGUGAGGGUGGAGUUUGGUGAUGCAACAACAUCUGCAGAUCCGGCUGGUGCGCAUGUGAUCAGUCAAUACUUUCCCCGCACAUAUGGGCAACCUUUGGCUCAUUUUCUGAGGGCAAAGGCCAAAGUUCCUGAUGCACAGAUCAUAACAGAGCAUCCAGCCAUAAGGGUGGGUGUCGUAUUUUCUGGAAGACAAUCACCAGGAGGACAUAAUGUCAUUUGGGGACUUUACGAUGCUAUCAAAUCUCACAACCACAAUAGUACAUUGCUUGGAUUUGUUGGUGGCACUGAAGGUUUAUUUGCACAGAAAACUUUGGAAAUUACUGAUGAUAUCCUCUCCACAUAUAAGAACCAAGGUGGUUAUGAUUUGCUUGGCCGGACAAAAGAUCAAAUCAGGACAACUGAGCAGGUCAAUGCUGCGAUGGCUGCAUGCCAGGCACUGAAGUUGGAUGGUCUUGUCAUCCUUGGAGGGGUUACUUCCAAUAUGGAUGCUGCUCAUCUUGCAGAAACUUUUGCCGAGUCAAAAUGUCCAACAAAGGUAGUGGGUGUUCCUGUAACUUUGAAUGGGGAUCUUAAGAAUCAGUUUGUGGAGACAAAUGUUGGAUUUGAUACAAUUUGCAAGGUUAAUUCACAGCUCAUCGGUAAUGUCUGCACAGAUGCCCUCUCGGCUGAAAAGUAUUAUUAUUUUAUUCGGCUUAUGGGCCGGAAGGCAUCUCAUGUGGCCUUGGAAUGUGCUCUCCAGUCACAAUCAAAUAUGGUCAUCCUAGGUGAGGAGGUUGCUGCAUCAAAACUCACUAUUUUUGACAUUACAAAACAGAUCUGUGAUGCAGUGCAAGCCAGAGCAGAGAAAGACAAGUAUCAUGGUGUAAUUCUUAUACCUGAGGGGCUUGUAGAAAGCGUUCCAGAACUGUAUGCUCUGAUUCAGGAAAUCCAUGGUCUCCAUCUUCAGGGGGUGUCUGCCGAGAAUAUUCCUUCUCAACUUUCACCAUGGGCAGCUGCACUGUUUGAAUUUUUGCCACCAUUUAUAAGGAAUCAGCUGCUUCUCCAUCCGGAAUCUGAUGACUCUGCACAGUUAUCCCAGAUUGAGACAGAGAAACUUCUAGCUCAGUUGGUUGAGACAGAAAUGAACAAGCAGCUGAAAGAAGGUACAUAUAAAGGAAAGAAAUUCAAUGCCAUCUGCCACUUUUUUGGCUACCAAGCUCGGGGAUCCUUACCAUCUAAAUUUGACUGUGACUACGCCUAUGUUCUUGGGCAUGUUUCCUAUCAUACAUUGGCAGCUGGUUUAAAUGGUUACAUGGCUACCAUUACAAAUCUGAAAAAUCCCAUGAAUAAAUGGCGAUGCGGCGCUGCUCCAAUCACGGCAAUGAUGAGUGUGAAGAGAUGGUCGCAUGGCCCUGCAGCCUCCCUUAUUGGAAAACCUGCUUUGCAUCCUGCCACUAUAGACUUGAAAGGAAAAGCAUACGAGUUGUUGAGACAAAAUGCUUCCAGCCUUUUGAUGGAUGAUGUAUACAGCAACACUGGACCUCUUCAGUUUGAUGGACCUGGUGCUGAUGCUAAGGCCAUUACAUUGUGUGUUGAAGAUCAAGACUACAUGGGCCAGAUAAAGUUGCUUCAAGAGUAUCUGGAUAAGGUGAAAAGCAUUGUGAAGCCUGGGUGUUCGCAGGAUGUUCUGAAAGCAGCCCUGAGUGCUAUGGCUUCUGUGACGGACGUGUUGGCUGUCAUGGCUUCUCCCUCAUCUAGUGGCCAGCCACCCUUCUGAAUUGCACAACUAACCAUCCUUUGUUGUGGACCAUUAGUAAUGUCUGGGUUCCAUUUGUCAUCAUCAUCAUCAUCAUCAUUAUUAUCCUACAAUCUGUCUUUUCCAAAUUGUUGAGUGUUUGAUGGGGAGGUAAGAAAUUUUUGCAUGAUUAGCUUUCUGUUUUUGCGUCCAUUUUUGGUUGGCAUCAUUUUUUUGUUGAUGGUAGUUACUACCAUGAGUCCAUUGCUGUACUUUGAAGUUGAAUAAUGACACAAACAUUCUGUUUUAUGACAAUCCUUUCCUGGAUCAAAUAAUGAUGGUUUUAGCUA